AUGUCUUCUGCCUCCAACUCCAACUACUGCUGUUCGUUGCUCAAGCUCUUCUGUGAAGCCCACAACCAAAUCCAAGCAAAGAAGCUUCACUGCUUUGUUCUCAAAACAGUCACAAACCCUGAAACUUUUCUCUGGAACAAUUUCAUCAGCUCGUACUAUAAGUUGGGCAACUUAACGUAUGCAAGACAUGUGUUCGAUCUAAUUCCUCAACCGAACCUCUUCUCCUGGAACACCAUCCUCUCAGCUUACUCCAAGUCUGGGCAUGUUUCCGAGAUGCACGAAAUCUUCAAUCGAAUGCCACGCCGAGAUGGGGUUUCUUGGAAUGCAGUCAUUUCGUGUUACGCGUGUUACGGGUCGUUUAAGGAGUCUCUGAAGGUCUAUAGGUUGAUGUUGAAGGAUGGGCCUAUGAAUUUGAAUCGUAUUACAUUCUCAACAAUGCUUAUAUUGUCAUCGAAUCAGGGUUCUAUUGAUUCGGGUAGACAAUUGCAUGGGCAGAUAGUCAAGUUUGGUUUUGAGUCAUAUGUUUUUGUGGGUAGUCCAUUGGUUGAUAUGUACUCAAAAGCAGGGUGGAUUGUUGAUGCGAAGCGUGUGUAUGAUGAAUUGCCCGAGAGGAACCUGGUUACCUGUAAUACAAUGAUAAUGGGUUUUCUGAGGUCUGGGAUGGUUGAAGAAUCGAAGCGUUUGUUUUACAGCAUGGCGGAAAAGGAUUCAAUUUCAUGGACAACGAUGAUUACUGGACUUGCACAGAAUGGAUUGGACAUUGAAGCUGUUGAUAUUUUCAGGAACAUGAGGUCUGAAGGCUUGAGAAUUGAUCAGUUUACUUUUGGAAGCAUAUUGACAGCUUGUGGUGCUCUUUUGGCCUUGAAAGAAGGCAGGCAGAUCCAUGCUUUUAUAAUUAGGACAGAUUUUGCGGAUAAUGUUUUUGUUGGUAGCGCCCUUGUUGACAUGUAUUCCAAGUGUAGGAGCAUAGCAUAUGCAGAAAGAGUUUUCAAAAGAAUGAGCUGCAAAAACGUUGUAUCGUGGACUGCAAUGGUAGUAGGCUAUGGCCAAAAUGGAUAUAGUGAAGAAGCUGUUCAGAUCUUCCAUGAAAUGCAAAGAGCUGGGAUAGAGCCAGAUGAUGUUACCCUAGGAAGUGUAAUUAGCUCAUGUGCUAAUCUUGCGAGCCUAGAAGAGGGUGCCCAAUUCCAUGGUCGAGCUUUGGUUUCAGGAUUGAUUUCCUUUAUUACAGUUUGUAACGCACUUGUUACGCUUUAUGGUAAAUGUGGGAGCAUAGAAGAGUCGCAUCAUUUGUUCAACGAAAUGAAGUUUAGGGAUGAAGUCUCUUGGACUGCACUGGUCUCCGGGUAUUCCCAGUUUGGAAAAGCCAAUGAAACAAUUGAGUUGUUUGAAAAAAUGAUGGCUUAUGGUCUACAACCUGACGAAGUUACUUUCGUUGGGGUUCUUUCAGCUUGCAGUAGGGCAGGCCUAGUUGAGAAAGGGUGUCAUUAUUUUGAUUCAAUGGUAGAGCAUGGCAUCACGCCAAUCCAAGAUCACUACACUUGUAUGAUUGAUCUUUUCAGCCGAGCCGGGAGGUUAGAAGAAGCCAUAAGUUUUAUCUCUAAGAUGCCAUGUAGUCCUGAUGCCAUUGGUUGGGCUACCUUGCUGAGCUCUUGUAGGGUUCAUGGUAACAUAGAAAUUGGGAAGUGGGCUGCAGAGUUUCUAAUAGAACUGGAACCACAGAACCCUGCAAUCUAUGUCUUGCUCUCGAGCAUGUAUGCUGCUAAGGAGAAGUGGGAUGAAGUGGCUCAUUUAAGAAGAGGAAUGAGAGAUCUGGGCAUCAGAAAGGAACCGGGAUAUAGUUGGAUCAAAUAUAAGGGCCAAGUACAUGCUUUUCGUGCUGAUGAUAAGUCAAAUCCACAUUCAGAUCAGAUAUAUGCUGAACUGGAGAAAUUAUAUUGCAAAAUGAUUGAGGAAGGUUAUGUGCCUGAUAUGACUUCUGUUCUACACAAUGUUGAGCAGUCAGAGAAGAUAAAAAUGCUUAAUCACCACAGCGAGAAGCUUGCGAUUGCCUUUGGGUUGAUUUUUAUUCCUCCUGGUAUGCCCAUACGAGUGGUCAAAAACCUCAGAGUAUGUGGGGAUUGCCAUAAUGCAACAAAAUUUAUUUCAAAGAUCACGGGGAGAGAGAUUCUUGUAAGAGAUGCUGCCCGGUAUCAUCUGAUCAAGGAUGGAAUUUGUUCAUGUGGUGAUUUCUGGUGAUUUAGAUUUCGUGGGAGUGUAAAGCUAGCUGUUCGAAAGGGCCCCAAGGAAAUAUCUUUGAAUCGAACUAGCUGCAGAAUGCAAAGGACCUGGCCUCUUCACUUGAGAAGUUGAAUGCCAUAGAAGCAUUGGAGGCCUAGUGUUUCGUGGAACUGCUAUGUGCAAUUCUUCCUAUGAUAAAAGCUUUACAAAACUGCCUGCUAAGCUAUGUGGCGGCAAUGUUUGUUUUAAAGAUACAGUAACCAAUUGACCAGGCUUCGAUUGAUUUAGAUUGUGACUAGGCAUCAUCAGUCUAGUUCCAGCAAGACACUGACAGCUUUUCUUUUCUUUUUUUUAUUGGGCUUCUGACAGGCUUUUGCCUGGGUCUUAAGAUUAUAUGUAAUUGACACAGAACUGAAGGAUUGGAACAACUGAUUCUGUUUUUUUUGGGUAAAAGGAAAGAUGUAACAGUGAGCAUAGUAAUUCUCUUUAAGCGUGACUAUGAGGGUAUUUUC